AUGUGUGGAAUACUAGCAGUGUUGGGGUGCUCCGAUGACUCUCAGGCAAAAAGGACUCGUGUCCUUGAGCUCUCUCGCAGGCUAAAGCAUCGCGGUCCAGAUUGGAGUGGUCUAUAUCAGCACGGGGAUUGCUAUAUAGGUCAUCAACGACUAGCCAUCGUUGAUCCGGCCUUCGGAGAUCAACCCCUCUACAAUGAAGAUAAAAGUAUCGUAGUAGCGGUAAAUGGUGAGAUAUACAAUCAUGAGGAUCUACGUAGCCGUUUGCCGCGCCAUAAAUUCAAAACCGGUAGUGAUUGUGAAGUUAUCGCGCAUCUUUACGAGGAGUAUGGAGAAAACUUUGUUGACAUGUUGGACGGGAUGUUUUCUUUCGUUUUAUAUGAUACCAACGAUAACAGCUUUAUUUCGGCUCGUGAUGCUAUUGGGAUCACAUCUUUGUACAUUGGUUGGGGACUUGAUGGGUCGGUUUGUAUAUCAUCUGAACUAAAAGGGUUAAACGACGAAUGUGAGCAUUUUGAGGUGUUUCGGCCGGGACACUUGUACUCGAGCAAAAUAGGUGGUUUUAAGAGAUGGUACAACCCUCUAUGGUUCUCAGAAGCGAUUCCAUCUGGUCCUUAUGAUCCUAUUGCUCUACGACAUGCUCUAGAGGACGCCGUGAUCAAAAGGCUAAUGACAGAUGUACCCUUCGGAGUUCUCCUAUCAGGAGGUUUGGACUCGUCACUGGUGGCUUCCAUCACUGCACGUCAUUUGUCUGGUACAAAGGCAGCCAAGCAAUGGGGAGCUCAGCUUCAUUCCUUUUCGAUUGGUCUUGAGGGUUCACCAGACCUAAAGUCUGCAUUGGAAGUAGCUGGUUAUUUGGGUACGGUUCAUCACGAGUUCCACUUUAGUGUUCAGGAUGGUAUUGAUGCCAUAGAAGAUGUAAUUUAUCAUAUUGAAACAUAUGAUGUGACGACAAUAAGGGCUAGCACACCAAUGUUUCUAAUGUCCCGCAAGAUCAAGUCCCUUGGAGUGAAAAUGGUGAUAUCUGGAGAAGGCGCAGACGAGAUAUUUGGUGGCUACUUGUACUUCCACAAGGCACCAAAUAAGGAAGAGUUCCAUCGUGAAACUUGUCGCAAGAUAAAGGCCAUUCAUCUGUAUGAUUGCUUGAGAGCAAAUAAGUCGACAUCUGCUUGGGGCUUGGAGGCUCGAGUGCCAUUUCUAGAUAAAAAGUUCAUCGAUGUUGCAAUGAGUAUCGACCCCAAGAUGAAAAUGAUUGAUAUUGAGAAAAACCGCAUCGAAAAGUGGAUUCUUAGAAGGGCUUUUGAUGAUGAAGACCGUCCGUAUUUGCCAAAGCAUAUUUUGUAUAGGCAGAAAGAGCAGUUUAGCGACGGUGUUGGGUAUAGCUGGAUCGAUGGACUAAAAAACCAUGCCGAAAUUCAUGUGACUGAUAAGAUGAUGCUUAACGCAACACAUAUCUUCCCUCACAACACACCAAUGACAAAAGAAGCAUAUUACUAUCGUAUGAUCUUUGAACGGCUCUUCCCUCAGAAAUCAGCAAUCUUAACCGUGCCUGGUGGUGCAAGUGUGGCGUGCAGCACUGCUAAAGCUAUUGAAUGGGAUGCUUCUUGGUCCAACUAUCUUGACCCUUCAGGAAGAGCUGCUCUGGGAGUUCAUGAUUCAGCUUACGAACAUAAGGUCAGCACAAAGGUUUUUCAGGACGGGCACAUGAACUCACAAUUCGAAGUUAGGAUUUAA